AAUUCCCCGUUCACUGCGCGUCCCGCCCCGCGCUCCUCCCGGUUCCAGUCCCGCUAUUCCCGCUGAUGAGAGCGGAGACUCCAGCCUGCCUUGACCGCUGUCAGACGCUCCGCUGGCGGCUAGAGAGGAGCGCAAAUCCCGAGGAGAGGAACGCCGCGGCACCUACGUGUAACUGGCCAUGACGACGGACGCAGGCUCAGAAUCGGACGUCCAGAAGACAGAAGCACAACCGUCCCCCCCGCAGCACUUCCCAGCAUCAGGACUCGGCAGCCCGGACACACGGCACCAGUAUUGCACAGAGGGCCAAUCAGAAGGCAGUUCAUCAGAACUCCAGCAGCAGCACGAGGAUCACUACAUUUCCCAGAAGUCUCUGAGCAGCAGAGUGUCCUGGUCAGCGUUGGGCAGGAGCCACAGACUGAAGGUCAUGGAUUGUAAGGUCACGCUGCUGGACGGCACGGACUACACCUGCACGGUGGAGCAGAAACGAGCGAAAGGUCAGGCGCUGUUUGAGAAGGUUUGUGACCACCUGAAUCUUCUGGAGAAGGACUAUUUCGGCAUUACGUACCGGGACGCUGAAGGCCAGAAGAACUGGCUGGACUCUUCCAAGGAGAUUAAGAAGCAGAUCAGUACUGGUCCCUGGAACUUUGCCUUCAGCGUGAAGUUUUAUCCUCCGGAUCCGGCGCAGCUGUCUGAGGACAUCACCAGGUAUUACCUGUGUCUGCAGCUCAGAGACGACGUGUUGUCCGGCCGUUUGCCGUGUUCUUUCGCCACUCAGGCCGUGUUGGGCUCGUACACGCUUCAGUCCGAGCUGGGCGACAGCGACGGCGACACGCAGGGAUUCAUCAGCGACGUGCGUCUGGCUCCAAACCAGACCAAAGAGCUGGAGGAGAAAGUGCUGGAGCUGCACCGCAGUUACAAAGGAAUGACUCCUGCUGAAGCUGACAUGCUGUUCUUGGAAAACGCAAAGAAACUCUCCAUGUACGGAGUCGACCUGCACCGUGCCCAGGAUUCGGAGGGUGUGGAGAUUAUGCUGGGAGUUUGUUCCAGCGGCCUCCUCGUCUACAGAGAUAAACUCCGCAUCAAUCGCUUCGCCUGGCCCAAAAUACUCAAGAUCUCCUACAAGAGGAACAACUUCUACAUCAAGGUCCGGCCGGGAGAGCUGGAGCAGUUCGAGAGCACAAUCGGGUUUAAACUCCCAAAUCACAAAGCGGCGAAGAGGCUGUGGAAAGUUUGUGUGGAACAUCACACCUUCUUCAGGCUGGUGUCUCCUGAGGCUCCGCCCAAACGCUUCCUGUCAUUGGGCUCAAAGUUCCGCUACAGCGGCCGAACACAAGCACAGACGCGCAGAGCGAGCGCUCAGAUCGCACGGGCCGCACCUCAGUUCCAGCGCACGGCCAGCAGACGACACACCGUCACAGCCAGCAUGGACAGCACACCAGCGUCGGUCAACCAUGAUGACGUGAAGAACUCCAAACCUGCUGUUGCUACGGACGACCUCAUCGACACGGCAACACCGGAGAAGAAGGCCGAGGAGAUGAACUCUGUGGAGGAGGAGAAUAAGACCAACAGUGAUGAAUCAGAGCAAGCCCCGCCCACCUCCGUCACCAAGUCCUGUCCGUAUUCAUCCGAUCCGUUAGGAUCUGAGCUCUCCCUCCCUUCCUCUCCUGUCUCAUCCACUAAAGUCCGCAGAAGACGCAGGGAAAGCAGCCGUAAGCGCGCCGCGUCCGUCAGUCCCGCCAAAACCACAGCGGGCUGCCGGCGGCGUCAGGCACAAGCCGACCGUAAAGCCGCGCUGCUGGAAGAACAGGCGCUCCUCCUGUCCGCCCGCAAACAGAGGCUGGACCAGAAGCGGAGCGGCGGCACGCUGUUCUCCUUCUCCCUCCACCUGCCCGACCUGUCCUCGCUCCUGGACGACGACGGUUACCUGACCUUCCCCGACCUCACCGAGCUGCGCUUCCUGCCCGAGAGUCUGCAUCACUUCAUGCCCAUCAAGUCUCCCUCGCUCAUCCCCUGCUUCCUCUUCAUUUUCUUCUUCCUGCUUUCCACGUCUUUCUCUGUGCCGUACGCCCUCACGCUCUCCUUCCCGCUGGCGCUGUGCCUGUGCUACCUGGAGCCCAAGGCGGCGUCUCUCGGCACGACGCUCGCGCAGGGCUUCCAGGACAGUUCGGAUGACGAGACCGACAGCGAGCAAACCGACUUCGCUUGUGAUGACGACUCGACGGCGACUGAGUCUGACUUUGAGGACAACACUGAUGUGAGGACACAGAUGUCCGAGGAGGAUAAAGCCGAACCUGAAGAUGUUGCAGUAAAGCCGGAUCACGGUGUUGAGCAGUCAGAGGAACCGGUUAAAGACGUUCCUGUGGUUCAGACCGAGACCAAGACCAUCACGUACGAGUCUUCAGAGGUUGAUGCCAAUGGCGACUCGGAUCCAGGCGUCCUGAUGAGCGCUCAGACGAUCACAUCAGAGAGCAACAGCACCACCACCACCACACACAUCACCAAGACGGUGAAGGACGGCAUCUCAGAGACUCACAUCGAAAAGAUGAUCGUGAUCACAGGAGACACAGACAUCGACCACGACCAGGCUCUGGCUCAGGCUAUUAAAGAGGCCAAAGAGCAGCACCCAGACAUGUCCGUCACUAAAGUAGUGGUGCAUAAAGAGAGCGAGAUCUCACCUGCCGAAGGUGAUGCGUGAAUCACGCAGGAAUAAUGUCCAAACAUCAGCUGAGAGAACAAACACACGACCUCUGACCUCAGACGACACGCUCUUCAUCAUGAAACAUCAGCUCACAAAACAAACACGUGACACAGAGCGGGAAGAUGAUGAUGAUGAUGAUGAAGAUGAACUGAAAAAGGGGGGAAAAUCUUUGCCUUACAACAUCUGAUUCCUUAAAAAGAUUCAGUCUUUCAUUUAAGCCACUUCAGUUUAUUUAUAGUCCAGCGCCCCCGUGUGGAGACUGUAAGAAACACGUCCAGGUCAAGAUCAAAUUCUGCUGAAAUUUCACCUGGACAUUUUCUUCACAGGUUUUGUGAGAUUUUCACGCAAAAUCAUUUUAAUUCGUACGAAAGUAAAGCAGCUAAAAGCGAGAGCGUGCCAAUGUGUUUCUGAUCAGUCUCUGGUUUUUAAUCCUGUACAUAAAGAACUCAAACCAGCCCGGGUGAAUCGACACGUUUCUACUUGAAUCAUAAAUGUAUUUUUAUUGUUUCACGGUUGUUGUUUUUUCUCGCACUAAUAGAUUCCGCAUUAUAUAUGCAAAGCGAUGCCACUAUUUUAAGGGCUUUUGGUAAGUUUGUAAAGCAUAGGGCUUCAUUUGUCCGUCACAGAUGGAGCAGAACCGCAGCGGUACUGAAACUCGCACGGGAGGGUUUGCGGUAGGAAUCCCUCUGUCUUGACCUUUUGACCUUUUCUUAUAUUUGACCCUGAGAGGUCGUAGUGUUUGUAGGGUGUGUAUUGGGACAGGAUCCAACCAGCAGAAACAGAACGAUAAAUGCAAUUGAUGUGAUUCAUUUUGAGCUUUUAUUUUGGAAUAAAAUAUUGUUGAGAUCAGCA